UCAUUCCACUGCACGCGAGUACUUGUCUGUUUAGUUGCAUUUAAAGUUUAUUUUUCAAAUUGAAAGUGACUUCAUUAUUGUGCCAAACUACUUAGCAUUUCAAGUGUGAUUGAUUUGAAACGAAUACACCUAUAAUAUUGAAAAGUUCUUUUGAUAUACCAGAAGCAGAAAUGGCAACAGAAGUCCAGAACCAGCCCCCGAUGCAGAACGAGAACCCAAUGCAGUUCCAGUCGGUGCAGAAGGUGAUGGCGCUGCCGGUGGUGGGCGCGGCCGUCGAGCAGGUGGAGGCUGUCUACUAUAAGGUCAAAGGCGCACACGCCCUUUUAGAAUGGGCGCUAUCAACAGCAGAAGCCAGCGUAUCCGCAGCCGCGUCAGUAGCCAAGCCCUACGUAGCGUCUUCCAUGGCCGUCGGAGACGCGAAAGUGGCUGCGGCCAUAGACCAGCUCGAACGCAGAGUCCCCUUGGUCACCGAGUCCCCGAAAGUGAUCGUCGAGACGACCAAAGAGGCUGUCAUGUCGACCAUUCGCACGCAGGUCAAUAAGGUAGGCAAUGUGUGCGACGCUCGCACCGCAGCCGGGCAGCGCGUGAAAUCUCUCAAGGAGCUGUCCUGGACUAAAGCCAACGUGCUCCUGUCUACCACGUACGGACAGAAGGCGCUACAUGGCGUCGACAGCGGCGCCACCUACGCUAUGCAACUGCUCGAUCAUUACCUGCCGCCUGUCGGGCCUCAGGAGGAAGUUGGAUCAGCCCUAGUGGUAUCGGCACAUGAGGACCCAGCGAUGCACACCAUCCAGACAGUGGGGCGUCUCAGUUCCGUGGCGGCUAGACGGGUGUGGGCCAACCUGGCUUUGAAGGUCAACGAACUGAGGACUAACGGAAUAGAACUAGACCCUCGUCGCUACAUCGCAGCCCUGCUAGCAGCUCUCCACCUCGCCAAGGUGACCAGCGAACAGCAGCAGAAAGAGACAGAAGAAGAGAAACCCAAGGAGAAAGAGAUCACAGAAACUCCUGUCAACUCCUGCCCCCCUGAAAACACUGCGACCCCCAGUGCCCCCACCACCUCUAACAAGGUCAAAACCACCCCUGAAGGAAAAUCCAAAUCCAAGGGAAAGAAUUCAAAUUAAUAUUCCUUAUUCUAUUUUUAAUUAUAAGAUUUAUAUUGUAUUUUUUAAAU